AUGUCACUUCCAGCCAUUACGACUCUUCUUAAAAACCAAUCUAAUGAUCAAAUUAUGCCACAUACAGCUAACAUCUUGCGCAUAUUUCUACUUCAAAUGCAAAAUAUUGCAGAAGAAAUCUCAUUCAAAAAAGAUGAUUUACUUAAUCAAGAAUCGACCAUUCAGCUUCUGUUAGAAUACGUAGAUAUAAAUUUAUUUGAGACUGAUAAUGAUAUUCAACUCACGAUCGUUGAAAUAUUGGAAUUCAUUUGGACAUUGGUCGAUAAUACUAUACUGGUACCACAAUUACUUAAUGCGAAUUGCGUUUCGUUCACACUCAAAUGGAUCAACACCAGCGAAUUAUCACUUGUUAUUCAACGAGCUACUAUUCGACUCUUAUACAAUAUCGCACGACAUGAAAAAGGAUGUGAUGCAUUGAAUGGAGCCGAUGCCAUUCGUCUACUGAAAGAAUUCAAACAACGAACUUUAGAUCCAACUAUUAAUGAUGCAGCCUAUGAAGACAUGCGUUUACUCUUUUCCAUGACAUUAGCGUUGUUGAUGGAACCGAAGGAAAACGAAAGCAAUGCUAAAUCACUUAGAAAAGUACUCGAUCAAUUGAUGCAGUUAACUGUCAAUGCAGCACGAAAAAAAAAUCACAAAUAUGGUGAUUUUUAUAUCAGUGAACCAUUAGUAGUUUUCACAAAACUCUUUGUUCAUGAUGACAUUGUACAUUAUUGUAUCAAGGAAUCUCAAGUCAAAAAUAUGAAAAUAUCUUCGAAAGUUGCAUUCUUUUGUGAUCUAAUGAUGCAAUUUCGAGGUGCUCUCGUUAAUGAUGACGAGCUCGACCAAUUAACUCUCACAGCAUUGAUGAAUAUUAUUUGGAGUAUUUCAUUUCAUCAUGAUUAUGUCGACGAACUCAAAUCGAAUGCGAAGUUUCUCAUCACUAUCAAAAGUCUCGCCAAUGACGAUGGAGAAGCUUGGAUUGAACAAUAUGUACCAAAACACAUGUCAUCGGUGAAAAAAGCAGCUGCCCGCAUUUUGUGGAAUCUCGACGAAAGUAGUCCAGCACGACCAGUUCGCGUAGUGGAACCAGUACCAACUGUGAUCGAUCAAACGAAUUUUUCUCCGACAGUCGUAACAACAAACAAACGAAUGCGCAUCAUGGUCAGCUAUUCGCAUGUUGAUGCUGACUUUUGUCAUCAACUGGUAGAUGCGCUUGAAAAAGAAAAUCGUUUCGAUAUUUGGGUUGACUUCGAUUUUUGUCACACGGAAGAUCUGUGGGAAGAAAUUGGUCAAGCAAUCGAAAAAUCUGAUGUAAUACUUCUUCUCAUGACAAAGGAUUAUCAAGACAGUAAAUCGUGUCGUCAAGAAGUGAUGUACACAAAAGAUUCAUUGAAGAAACGUUUUAUUCCUGUCUAUGUAAAACGAGAUUUUGUGGCUAGUGGUUGGUUAGGUGUACGCAUUGUCGGUCCACAAUACAUUCGUUUUGGCAAAAAAUCUUUUGAAGCAACGGUGAACGAUCUCAUGAAACUUAUUUUUGAAGAUAAGAGCGAGAAAAGCUCAAAACACAAAGAUUCUAAAGUGUCUGUAACUGUUCCUUAUGUUGAAAUCAAGCCUGAUGAGAAUGACAAGUCGAAUGAAGAAUUACCAAGAUAUGAUCAUGAAAAUUUUAAUCAAUCGAGUAAUGAAAUAAUGCCAGUACUUGUAUCCAAUCCUAAACUAAUUGAAAAAUGGAACUCAAACGAUAUCGCCAAUUGGUUCGAUGCUAAUAAAGUUCGUUGUGAAUUAAAAGAAAUGUAUGAUUUUCAAUGUGGUACUGAACUACUUCUCUAUGGACAGUGUCUUCGAUCAGACUGGCAAUCUGAAUGUCUUGAUGUACAAGAACAAUUCUCAAAACGAUACAAUACAGUAUUAUAUCGCAAUGAAUUCGUUCGACUAAAUUUAUUAUCUGUUAUGACAUUUAACAUUCGCCUCGAUGGAGUAGAACGUGAUCCAAAUAAUCAUUUUACGAAGAGAAUCUAUCGUUUAACAGAAACUAUUGAAAAAUGGCAACCAUCUAUUCUAUGUGUACAAGAACCAUUUGGUGGUCAAUUGUUGCAUUGGCAAUCUCAUUUACCAAACUAUUAUCGACAUAUUGGUUAUCAACCUGGCGGUGUCGAUAGGGAUCUUAAAGAUCCAUCAUCUCAUAGAGAUUUUCAAGUUGCUAUUUUAUAUAAUAAUCAAAUAUUAAAAUUAAUAGAACAAGAUUAUAUAUGGCUAUCAAAGACACCACGAAUUGUUGGAAGUAAAGAUUGGAAUAGUGCUGGAGAACGAACAUUAAAUAUUGCACGAUUUCAAUUAAAAAAUGAGAAGUCGAUUAGCAUUCUUGUUUUUAAUACUCAUUUAGAUGUCAAAAGUGAACAAGCACGUCAAGAACAGGCAAAAAUUGUUCGAUCAACAAUAAAAAAAUGGCAAAAGAAAUAUCCAACAGCUGCAGUUCUUUUAUUCGGAGAUUUUAAUGCUGCUCCAAAACAAGCCGCAUAUAAUAUAUUGACAUCUUCAGAUUUUCUACAUGAUACUUGGGUAGUUUGCAAAUCUCAGACAUCAAUAUGUAUAUCAAAUUCAUUUUCGUCAACAUUUCAUGGUUGGUUAGGAUCAAUAAUUAAUACUUAUGGAUUUCAAUUUCUACAAACAAUAUUAUUUACUUUUCAUGGUUCAGGUAUUAGUUUACCACAUGAAAUACCCAAACAUCUUUCAUCUUAUAUCAAUAUUUUAAAAGAAUUAUGGAAAUUUCGUCAGACAUUAAAUAUAUCAGAACUAAAUUCACUAUGGUCUCUACAUCGAUUUCAUGUCGAUUGGAUUUUAUAUAGAAAUUCGAUUGAUGGAAGUGAACAUUUACAACCUCGAUUUAUAGCUGUCGUAGAUAUUCGAUCUAGGAAUUAUUCUUCUGAUCAUUUUCCUGUUGUUGCUUUGUUCCAAUUGAAAAAUAAUAAAGAAAACUAA